AAAAAAAAAAGAAAACAAAAAACAAAAAACCCAACACAAACCAACAAGAUGACUCAAACCAACCAACAACAGCAACCAUCAAACACUCCAGCAACCAACAACCAAGAACAACCGACUAACAACAACAACAAUAAAUUACAACAGUAUCUGAACCCAUACGAACCACCGACUACUACACUCACCGAGAAGGUCGACCACUCAAAGUCGGGCUGGGAACUAUGGGUAGCAGACGAGAACCUCAUCAACACCAAUAACCACACACCACCCUCAUUCCAACAGAACCACACCACACCCUCCUUCAACUUCAACAAGAACUGGUCAACCUACCCAACCCCAUCAAGGCAAUCACCAGACCGACAGCUCAGCUCGACGAGCACUGCUACGCCUACGAUGGCCACCCAGAAUCAACCAGAUACCAACCAAAACCCAUCCCAUACCACUCCAUCCUCCUCACCAUCAUCAGCAUCAGCAUCAUCAUCAGCAUCAGCAGCAGCCUCAUCUGUCUCCAACUCAAACCUCAAGCAAUCCACUCAACCCCCUCAACCCAGUCCUCACAACAGGCCCAACGAUAAUGACAAGGAUAAUAUUAAGAACGACCAGGCCGACAAGCCCACGGCUGGCUCCGAGGAGGAAGGAUCCCUGACUGGAAUAGGCUCCUUCUCAAACUAUAAACCAAACCACCCAAUCACUCCCAACGAACUCUCCCACGCUCCAUCUACUCCUGCUCCAGACCAACAGCAACCGACUGACCAAGGCUCAUCCUUCACCUACCCAUUUCUACUCACAAACUCACCCGGAUUUCAUCCCAACAAGUCCCACCAAUCCAACCAUCAAAUUCAGCAAAAUGGUACCACAGAUAGCAGACGCUCCAAAGACUUGUCCUCAUCCAAUAAACCUGACCCCCCUCGAUCCACUCAGUCUACCAACACACUAGGUUUGGUUACCACCAAUCCUACCGAAUCUGUCAAGAACCCCAGAUCCUCUCCUAGUUCUACCAACCAGCAGCCUGCCCCUCGUAGCUCUCCAGCCCCUGGUUUACGUUAUGCGCAUGCAUACGAGCUCUACGAUCGCCAUGUGUCUCGUGUACAACCUCUAGCCGCCGGUGUGCGCACCCCAAAUGCUGUGAUGAUUUCUGGAUACUCUAACGUCACUCCGGCCAUGCCUUCUCCCAAAAAAGUCAUCCCGCCUCCACCGGCUGAGGUCUGUUUGGAAUGCAUGAUGAGAGACCGAGACAUGAUCGGGAUCGACGUUGUCGGCCCUGGAGUUUGGGCCAGGAAGAGUGAUGCUGACUUUGAAGAAGCCUUGCGUGCCGAAGCGGCGAUGGAGGAUGAGGACUUGACUGAGUGCGAUCAAGACUCAUCGGUCCAUCAAACCGUCUCCAGCCGAACCAUGGACGACCUCCUUGAAGAUGGUAGUUCCUCGGCCCACAUCAAUAGGAGAAACCCUCCCACCGCCCCUAACGGUCGGACUAGCUCUUCUCGUGAAACUUCACUCCCCUCCCAAAAAUCUCGCUCUCGCAGAAAACCAAUUGGUAAGGGUCAACCGCUGACCAUGUCUGCUCUCAAGGCCUGGACUCAAAUGAAUCCACCUGCCUCUAGUCACCGCUGGCGCACCUUGCAACUGUACCUCAAGGAACAACGUCAUUACCUCGAACUGGAACGACGAGCUAAGCGGUCGAUCGACCUAGAGAACGAGCGAACGGAAGAGUUGAUCCGGAGCAAUACUGAUAGCCUUGUCCAAUCUACCUCCCUCCGUCACUCAACCGAUCAUCCUCGACCGGAUUAUCAAUUCCUUCACACCGUCCCUCGGGGCAAGAUCACCCACAGGGCUUCCAGUACCACUCUCUUGUCUAACGGAAUGAUACUAGAAACGUUGGACGUCUCCAAAGAUGAGAAAGAAGCCGCAAAGUAUCGGACUAAUGACACCAAACUCGGUUUAUCAACUUCAAGCCGCAGGAUGUCUUCAUCUUCCUCUGCUGUGCUGAAUGGGAUUGGCCAGUCACCCAGAUCGAGCAUGAUGAAUAUCAACUCGCUUACCCUCAACGCCGAAUCGCUAAAUACGAGCACGGGUGUGGAUCGAGGACCUGCCAGCCACCCCGGCACGCCAUCCACUCGGCCUCCUUCCCCCCACCGGUUCAGCUUUGCGAGUCGGAAGAGUGGCGGGUUUGGAGAAAGCAUGAGACCAUUUUCCUCCUGGGGCCGGAACCGACGGAGUGCAUCGAACUCGGUCCUUUCGCUCGCGCCCUCGGGUUCGAUGAUUGACAUGCACGUCGGUCUCUCCCAAGAUCGUCACCACCCACCGGGCUCAUUUGGGACCCCCCACAUCGGCCAUCCUAUGCCCAAGAAUCGAUCGAUGCUCAACUUUGAGCAGUCCUUGGGUUCGGCACCGAUCAGCCACACCCAAGGAUACACCAACAAACCCUCGUUAGGCUCGUUGACGUCGAGCCCCACGGCCUCGCGGUUCGUCGGUCUGGCCGACGAGCGGGCGGAUACGCUGAAGAAAGACAACAAGAAGAAACAUCGGUACACGCUCAAAGGGCUAUGGAUGAAGCUAGGUCUGACUCGCCAACGGUCAUGCUCGAUCGACCAGAUCGGUGCACCUAGUCCACUUGGCACCAGCACCCAAUUGCGUGGCCGAGCAGCCGAGAAUGCGAAUGCAGAUAAUGAACCGCUUGCUCCUCCCCCACCGUUGUCAGUGUUGGCCCGAGAGCAACAGAAUCACCGACGGAACCGGUCGACGCUAUCGUUGCCACUGACCAACGGCCGUAACUUCGGAAGCUUCCGACCCCAGUCUUCAUCCACGGCCACCAUGGGCGGUCUAGACUCAAGCCUGAGCUCUCCGGUUUCUCAGCAAUUUCUGCCCCCCUCGCCCGGUGCUAAGAUGCCCCUCAAUCACGGCACGGUGGUCCAGUCCCCCUAUAUCUCCUCCACUAACGACCCCCUCUUUGACUCACUUGCUGAGGAACUCGAGACGCCCACCCAUCAGAACCAGACUCGUCAUCGGGUCCGCUCCCUCGGCACGACUAGUCUCUUCAACGAGCUCGCCACCACUCAUGAAGAAGACGAUGACCAACGGCCACCCAAACGUGCCUCGACUCUCGACCCACCUGCCACUGAGCCCGUCACUGGCCUCCAGAACAGCGGGGUCUAUUCUCACUCCACUGCGACUAGUAAUACGACUGAUAAAUCUCCUAGCAUCCGUAGAGUGCUUAGUAAAUCGUCCAAGAUCUUUCACAAACUCUCAACCAUCAAUCUUGCUUCUUCUUCUUCUUCCAAACGUCGCUCGUCUUCUGGCGGCUCACUGGCCAACAAUAACUCCCUCUCCAAUUCUACCAACCUACGUCCAACCCCUCAUCUCCGAUCCUCUACUUCCUCGAUCUUCUCGAACACGACCACGCCUAUUCAACCUCCCGAUUUCUCCCUCGACAAUCAACAUCAUCAUCUCCCUCAUUCUUCUAACUUCCCCCCUCAUCAUCAUCAUCAAGAACAACUUCUCAAUCACCACCCGAUUCUUAAUCAUCAUCAGAACAACCAAAGGCCGGAUUAUUUGCCCAAUGAGAAGACUAGGAACGGGCUCGUCUCUAGGUCUUCGGACUUCCUGGCCCUCAGAUACGUCUCGCUCAAUCGCGACGACGAGCAGCUCCUUAACCAUCCUCAUCAAACUUAAGGUUUCACUCCCUGCUCCCUCUCUAUCUUCUCUCUGCUCCCCUCUCUUUUUGAGCCUAUUUCUUCUUGGUACUCUUAACUGUUUUUUCACUUUUUUCUUUAUAUGAGGGGAAAUAGAGAACCAGUCAGUUUGUGUGUGUGUGUUAAGUCAGGUAAGAGGUAUAUGUUGGAAGAUUUGGAGUCUGGAGUCUGGAUUUCAGGGGAGUUGCGGUAGUGGUAGUUCAUAUAAUUCAACUUGCUAGUCCAAAAAUCCAUUUUCUUCAAUACAUACAUCUAAAAUCAAUAAAAAUUCUCUUAUACAUAUAUAUAUAUAUAUAUAUAACAUACAUAUUACAUACAUCAAUAUUUAAUUAAUAUCAAUUCUGAAAUUGUCUUCAAUCAAUAUUAUAAAUGCAUAUCAACAUAAAUUUAACUUAACCAAUAAACCAACACAUACAUACAUACAUAUAUAUAUAUCUAAUCUUCCUUAUUUUCUUCUCUUUUCCUUCCUUCUUCUCACACUUUUUUUUCCCUUUUCUGUGAUUUUGGGCCCCACUGUUUUUGAUCUCCUUCUUCUUUCCCCCCUUUUUUUUAAUUUAGUCAACUCUUCCGUAUCCCUCUCUCUC